GGUAUAUUCUAUUUGCUUGGUGGUUACAGCGGACCACGCUGACAGUUUGUAAUUUGUCUAAAAAAACUAACUAUGUCCAUAGUAAAAGCUUUUUCAGUAAUCUAUAGUACUAAUAAAUAAUUUUGAUAUAAUCUUCGAAAUGCGGUGCUGUGUGCCCUUCUGCAAAACCACUGCGGAGGUCGUCUCCGAAUCCGAGGAGAUUACAUUUCACGAGUUCCCCAGAGAAGUGCAUCUCCGAGCUGCUUGGCUCAGAGCCCUCGGCAAACAAGACACUCUCCUGCCAGAGCCUGCUGUGGUCUGCUCGCAGCAUUUUCUGAACGAUGACAUUUAUGAAACAGAAAGAGGCUCAAGGCGCAUUCGUACUGGUGCUGUCCCAUCACCAGUGCUGGUCUGCAUGAUAUGCCUGGACACUCGCAGCAAGCUGUUUCUGAUGAGUAAAUACAAGUUGGAAGAAGCAUAUGAACAUUUAGUGGGACAUCCUUUGUGUGGUCAAGGAAAGCUCAAACAAACGCUUUGUGUGCAAUGUGCCCAGAGACUGGUGAACUUCAGCACAUUCAGAGACAAGAGCUUGAGAGCGCGCUCCCUGAUGAUGGAGCUACUUGACAGACAUGAAGUGAUAACAAUACGACAUGUCAAAUUGAUAAGCCGCGUAAAAUACCAACUACAGUCUGACAUUGUCUCGGCGGUGUCGGAGCCCGACUACUGCGAUGUGUACAUAGCACACUCCGACGCUGACGAAGCAGUUCCAGUCAAACGGGAAGAUGAUGAAGACGAGCCAGCCGUGGCUGAAACAGGGUUAUGUCCUUGCAGCCACAUGAUUCGCAAGCCGGAGUCGUCAGGGGGUUGUUUGAUAAGGCGCUUGAUAGCACACUCUGACGCGGACGGACGGACAGAACUAGACGCGACAGCCGCAACUGACGAAGCAGUUCCAGUCAAACGGGAAGAUGAUGAAGACGAGCCAGCCGUGGCUGAAACAGGGUUAUGUCCUUACAGCCACAUGAUUCGCAAGCCGGAGUCGUCAGGGGGUUGUUUGAUAAGGCGCUUGAUAGCACACUCCGACGCGGACGGACGGACAGAACUAGACGCGACUGCUGCAACUGACGAAGCAGUUGCAGUCAAAUGGGAAGAUGAUGAAGACGAGCCAGCCGUGGCUGAAACAGGGUUAUGUCCUUACAGCCACAUGAUUCGCAAGCCGGAGUCGUCAGGGGGUUGUUUGAUAAGGCGCUUGAUAGCACACUCUGACGCGGACGGACGGACAGAACUAGACGCGACUGCUGCAACUGACGAAGCAGUUCCAGUCAAACGGGAAGAUGAUGAAGACGAGCCAGCCGUGGCUGAAACAGGGUUAUGUCCUUACAGCCACAUGAUUCGCAAGCCGGAGUCGUCAGGGGCUUGUUUGAUAAGGCGCUUGAUAGCACACUCUGACGCGGACGGACGGACAGAACUAGACGCGACAGCCGCAACUGACGAAGCAGUUGCAGUCAAAUGGGAAGAUGAUAAAGAUGAGCCAGCCGCGGCUGAGACAGAGUUAUAUCCUUUCAGCCACACGAUCCCCAAGCAGGAAUCGUCAGAGGACUGCGAUCAAGCUUUGGUCGCUCCUACAGUACUCACGACCAAUCACGGCAACGAAGAACAUCCAAUUGAUACAGAGUUCGAGUUGGAUGUAUUGUCUUUCGAAAAUAAUACGAACAUUUUAAAAUAUUCAAGGAAAUCCCAGGACUCCUUACUAAAACCGAAGGAAUCGUUGGCAAAAAUAAGUGAUAGUAUCAAUUUGCGUACAAAGAGGCGAAAUGUUCUUUUUGAAAACAAACACAAUUCCCAGGACAUACCCGGUACACAGUUAGGAAACUAUACUGACCAGAUACAGUAUAUCUGUGACGUUUGUCAAAAGAUAUUUCACCGUAAAAGUUCCUUAGUUACCCACAUUAGGGCGCACACUUACGCAAACACUUUCUCAUGUAAGUUAACAGAGCGCAAAUUCACUCAAAGUAGUACGUUACCGAGACCCAGGAAGACUCACAUUGGCGAUAAGCCUUUUGCGUGUAAGUUAUGUAAUUAUGAAUGUACAGUAAGCAGUAGUUUAGUGAGACACAUGAGGACUCACACUGGCGAAAAGCCUUUUGUGUGUAAGUUUUGCGACUAUAAAUUUACAGAAAAUGGUAGUUUAGUGAGACACAUGAGGACUCACACUGGCGAAAAGCCUUUUGUGUGUAAGUUUUGCCACUAUAAAUUUACACAAAAUGGUAGUUUAGUGACGCACAUGAGGACUCACACUGGCGAUAAGCCUUUUGCGUGUAAGUUAUGUAAUUAUAAAUGUGUAGUGAGCGGCAGUUUAGUGAGUCACAUGAGGACUCACACUGGCGAAAAGCCUUUUGCAUGUAAGUUAUGUAAUUAUAAAUGUACGGUAAGCAGUAGUUUAGUGAAUCACAUGAGGACUCACACUGGCGAAAAGCCUUUUGUGUGUAAGCUGUGUAAUUAUAAAUGUACAGUAAGCAGUAGUUUAGUAAAGCACAUGAGGACUCACACUGGCUAAGCACCGCGGCUUUUGCCUGUAAGUAAUGCAAGGACAGCUGUUGCCAAACUGCUAGUUCACUCUGAGCCUCCUGCACAUGAACCCGGCGCACUGUGAGUUAGUGUAAAC